CUCGUAAUUUAAUGUUUGUAGGUAUCUUGUCAAUUAAUAUAAUUGACAUAAAUGAUCAUCCACCAAUAUUUCUUCCUCCUUGGACAAAGGAAAUGCCCCAGUACAAUUUGCAGUUGGAAGAGGAAUUACCUGUCGGAACAAUAGUAGGAACAUUUACAGCUGUUGAUGAUGACUCUCCCAUUGCAGGCUACUCAAUAGAACCAAAUAUGUAUUUCGAAAUUAAUAACGGAACAGGAAUUGUUCAGUUGCAAAAGAUGAUCGACUAUGAAAUGAUUACAAAAUUAAAUUUUACAAUAUAUGCAUAUGACUCUGGUAUUCCUCAACUGAAUACGUCAGCAUUCAUAGACAUAACGGUUCUUAAUAUUAAUGAUAACUCUCCAAUAUUUUCGGAAACCUCUUACAAUGCCACUGUGGACGAAAAUUCGCCCAAUGGAACAUAUAUUGUAACAGUGCACGCAGACGAUUCAGAUGCCGAUGAAUAUGGAGUUGUCUCGUAUAGUUUGCUCGGUGAACAUAGCGAAAAUUUUGAGAUAUCUUCACAUUCUGGAGAAAUAUCAGUUAAAAACCCAUUGUUUUUGGACCACGAGAUGUUAAAUGAAACUGUUAUUCAAGUUAUGGCAAGUGAUGGUGGAGUUGGAAAUUUAAGACGGACAAAAUCCGUACCUGUAUAUAUCGCGGUAGCAGACAUAAACGACAAUGCGCCAGAAUUUAAUCAAUCAAUUUAUAACACCACCGUUAGCGAAAAUGUGAGGUUUAAUCCACCAUUCAAAAUCACACAAGUUUUUGCCACGGAUGACGAUGCUGGAAUUAACGGAAAUGUUAUUUAUACAAUCCAUUCCGGAAAUGAUGAUGAUAUUUUCUUAUUGGGCGAGGAUACAGGAAUUUUAUAUGUUCACAAAUCAUUAGCAGGAAGAACAGGAACGUUUAGUUUACUGGUUGAAGCACGCGAUGGAGGCAAUCAACCGUUAACCGAUACAUGCAUUGUUAACAUUAAAGUUGUGAACGUUAACGAUCACAAGCCAAACUUCAUACAUCCGAUGUCUACCAGAUCAGUUAUCGAAAUUACAGAUACUCCCAUCGCUGAUUAUCUAGUAAUGACUGUGAAAGCUGCUGAUAAAGAUAAUGGUGAAAAUGGUCGAGUUACAUACCAUUUUAAACUGAAUGAUGAAAAUGUUCAAAUGACUGAUGAAUUUAUUAUAAAUCCAGAUACUGGAGAUUUGCGGAUCAAAACAUAUUUAGAUAAUAAGAUUCAAGACAAGUAUGAGUUAACUUUGGUAGCCAGGGAUCAUGGAGAAUCAGUGUGGCAUGAGACAUUGCACUACUUAACAGUUUUAGUUAUGAAUUCGGAUAAUGAAGCAACAUACAUUGAUUACGAAACAAAUACGUAUCAUUUUUCCAUAACGGAAAAUAGUCCCCCGAAUACAUUUGUAGGUCGUCUUAAGCUUAUGUCUCGAAAUCAAGACAAAACGUCGAAGGUCUAUUAUUAUUUGUUGUCUGAUAUUGAUAAUGCCUUCUACAUCGAUAAACUGAAUGGAAGUUUAUAUACAAGAAAGGGUCUCGACAGAGAGCAUAUAGAUGAAUAUGAACUACAAAUUUUAGCAAAUAGCGAACCAGACUUUUAUCUGACCAGUAUGGAGGAGAAUCAUAUGCUUAACGAAAGUGAUACAUUGCGUAAUGUAGCAACAGUGAAAGUUACUAUUCUCGAUGUGAACGACAACGGUCCAGUGUUUAAUCGUACAGUUUAUUAUGCGGCAGUUAAUUGUAUUGCCGACAUCAAUACUUUUGUUGCAAAUGUAUCCGCGAUCGAUUUAGAUUUCGGCGUUAACGGAUCAUUUAUGUAUUACAUUAAAUCUUCGAAUUUAUACAAGUAUGACUCGAUUCACAGUUCAGGUUCAGUAAUCCCAUCGCCUUUUGUCAUUUCUGAAAGUGGCCAAAUUUUCACUGCUACCAAUUUGAGUGAGAACAACCAACAUCACUUCAUCGUAAACGUAGUUGCUAAGGAAAUUAUGUAUCCUGAACGAGAGAGUGACGCUAAAGUUUAUGUAUGGAUCUUUGAACCGGAACAACUAAUACGAAUAAUCUUAUCAAGACCUGUUGAAGAAGUGUUAAAGGAGAAAGACGAAAUUGUGCAGGAGUUAACUAACGCUACCAAUUCAAUAAUUAUUGCUACAAGCAUUAAGAGUCACAUUAAUGAAACUGGGCAGGUGAAUGACGAAUGGUCUGAUUUGUACAUCUUGUCAGUAAAUCGUUCUACACAAACCAUAGACUCCGUGUUUGAUAUACUUAAGAUCAUCGACGCAAAAUAUGACUUUCUUAAAGAUUAUUAUGCCGGAUUUGCAAUUGAGAAUGUCCUUCCUGCAUUUGCUCAAGAAGAGGAGGAAUCAUUUGAUCCCGCCUUGUCCGCAUUAAUCGCUCUGGUGGUGGUGUUAACAGUCGGUAUUGUCACAUUUACGGUUGUUUGCUGCUGUUUGAGGAAGUGUAUGAUUUCACCUAAUGACUUGAAGAAAAAGAAAGAUGCCUUGAUCAGUAAAGCCAUUAUUGACGAAUUGAAUACUACAGAAAACCCAUUGUGGAUUGAACAAAAACUGAAAAUCUAUGAAGAACAAGAACUUACAAUGCAAGUGUUCAAUGAGCCGGAUCAAGCUGCAAUGGAAAGGAGAAAUAGUAGUGAUUAUGUCUUAGAUGACAACACUUACGCAACCAUUCAACAUCCAAACAGAAGGGGAUCGGCUCAUACUGCAACCUUGUCAUUGGGAGAUGACAUUGCAGAUUACGCCACAUUAUCACGAAUACCUCGCCAUUCGACUAGUUCACAGGGUUCCCUUAAGGACACAGUAAAUUACUACGAAGCCGCAAUGGGUUUUCAAGGCUCCACGUUUCAAGUCCCCGAUUCUUCUUUGGGGGACAUUGAAUCAGAGGAAUGUAGAUCGCAUCGUCAUGAUUCACAAAUGAGUGUGAAUAACGAGGGACAAUUAGAAUAUGUAGCCGAACUAAUAUAGAUUUAAAUUCGGAAAUUUUGGUACUUGGCCAUAUAUGUAAGAUAUUUAUUUUGUUAUAUAAUUUAAUAGUAAAUUAAUGUUUAGUACCUAGUAUUAUACAUAAUAGUACAUUUUAAGCUGAUUAUUUCAAUUUAAGUGGCGUGAUAUUUGAUUAAUGCACAUUCUUUUUUAGUUGAUUUCUCUUGAAAAAUUUUGGUUUUGUACGCUCCUUUUCCAUCGUUACAAAUUUAUUUAAUACAUGGUAUAGUUUUUAGUACUUACAUGAUUUUGUGUCAAUUGCUGAUAAUUGAUUUGUAAUAUAACAUAAUAAACACAAUCUAGUCAUACAGUUGUAACUUGCAUACUCUAUAUAUUAAGUAAAGUUAUUCUAUUUUUAAUACGCAUUUGCUGUGACCUGGAAUUAGAGACCGCAUUGCAAUAGGCACUAGGAAUUAAAUUGGUACUUUUAGGCAACACGUUUAUUGUCGCUGAUGCUUCCAUAGGCACUUAUUAUUUUGCUAAUCUGCAGGUAGACGUGUAUCGAUAUGUGAACGGGUGAGUUGGUCAAAUGGAAAAACUUCGAUGUUGAACUAUUUAUGGAGGAACUAGAAAAACGAUUGGCAUUGUGACUACUUUUUAAUUAUCUUUCUACA